GUUCGCUGUUGUUGUUUUUGAUUUGAAACAAAAUAAAAAUGUCAGCAGCCAAAGCCAGCUUGUGCCGACGCAGGUACGAUGAACUGUCUUCGCAAUUUUCGUCGAAAAUCGGAGAAUCGGCGCGAAAGUAUGGGUAUAGUAUGGAAAGCGUUGACUGCUGCAUGAAAAGACUGCUGAAAAUUGCGGAAACUCGCGAUCCAACUCCGCACGAUCUUACAAUUAGUGCUGGCUUGAGAAAUCUAUCAAAAGAGCACCUGGAACGCUUUUUUCACGUUUUCCGUGAGCUGGUUCAAAGUGCUCAGGAAACUCAACCUCAACAUCAAGACGGAUGUGAGAGUCCACGUGACAUCCAGUCCGAUGACAUGCAUUUUGUUCCAAAUUCACCUCCAUUUAUUCCUGAUUCACCUCCAUACCAUCACCUCUUAGACGAUAGACGUUCACUGUCGCCUCCUCCUGUUGCGGAAAUGAAUCAAGUCUCGAUUGAUGAUGACGAUGGGUGUGCAUCGGAUGUCUCGUCUGUGGCAUCUGUUGCACUAGAAGAUUACAGCAGCAGCUCGAAUGCGGAAAACACAGAAGCCGAUCAAUAUGAAGUGGAGCGGAUCCUCUCGCGAACGAUGAAUCAAGAUGGGAACUACACCUACCAUGUCAAAUGGGUCGGUUAUGAAAUCAACUGCGAAGCAGACAGCUACGUGGAUGAAAAAGACAUGAAUUGUCCAGAUCUUAUCAAAGAGUUCGAGCAACUCGAGAGAUUGAGGAGGAAACAGCAAGCUAAGAAACUGAGAGAAAAAGCUGAGUUGGCUAAGCAACGCAGACUAGAAGCCGAAGCUAGGGGGAAAAGAUUGUUUUGCGAAGUUGUGGACAUGUGCUCAAGCGAAAGUUCAUCGGACAAUGAACAUUGCCAGAUGCGCUAUUUCAAAGGAUCUGGAAAAGCCGCCACAAACAAACCUGAAACAGCAGUGCACGACUUGCCGUCUUCCAGUGAGGCAGAAGAGCGCAAAAAAGAAACGGACUAUAAGAGGGAUUCUCCUGCGCAUGUUUCCAAGAAGCAUUCGUUUGAUGCACACCGAAAAAGUCACAAAAGGAUCAUCAUUUCUUCUUCUUCGAGUGAAGAUGAAGAAGUAUCCGCAACGAAGGAGAUUACAAGCCGAAAGGCAGAGCCAAUUCACAGUAAGAAAAAAGAGUUAUCUGAAGUAACCUCAGCAAAAGAAAAUACUAAUCGAAAGGAGGAGUCACUUCAUAGUAGGAAAAAGGAAGUAUCCGAAGUAACUGCAGCGAAGGAGAUUACCAGUCGAAAGGCGGAGCUAGUCCAUAGUAGGAAGGAGUCAUCUGAAAUAACUACAACGAAGCAGAGUACUAGUCGAAAGGCUGAACAGGCUCACAUUAGGAAGAAGGAGUCAUCUGAAGUAACUACAACGAAGGAGAGUAUUAGUCGAAAAGCUGAACAGGCUCACAUUAGGAAGAAGGAGACAUCAGAGAACAGGCAAAAGCGGAAGGACAAGGUGAACUUUGCCGCUGUGAAUCGGUUAGAGCCAGCGUGCUCGAACAUCAACAAGGAGAAAGAAAAAUACAUGUAUGCCACCGAGAUCCAGGCGCAAUCUGGAAAUCAGUAUGACUCAACUGUUAUAGUCAAGAAGGAAGAACCAGAUCACAUGGAACCUGAAAUGAGCAAUGUCGAACCUAUGACAGGCGAUGACGACUCCGACGGUGGUUUCAGAUAUGUCAGAAGAGAAUCCGACGGAUUCAAGAAAGGUUACAAGGCAGUGAAAGUGAGCGUAGUCACAGAACAUCCUGUGACUGCGGAGACUGUUGGCAUCGUGGUAUUUGUCCAACCAGAUGGAGAAGAGUUUGCGCAGUAUAUCCCUAUGCGAGAGAUUUAUGAGAACGCUCCGAUGAUGUUGCGGCAAUACUUCAUCGCUGCUAAUACUAGCAAUCAGAAGGAGCUUGCAUUAUCGCUAAUUUUGAAGAAGUCCAGCAAGAUAAUGUGAUUAUAUCUGUACAUCAAGAAAUUCAGAGCGAGCCUAUAUUUACAGUAGUUAUAUCACUCUUCUAUGUGUACAGACUGCAGUGAAGAUCCAUGAAAUUCAGCUUUUCGUAUGCAGCUUUGAAAACUUGCGUUAC